AUGAGUGUGAGGAAAUCACAUUUGAUGGGUAAGAACCAUAUCAGAUACUACUGUAAUUACUAUGAGAUGAAGGCAAAGGAAACAGGAAUAUGGGACCCUUUAGACUCUAUGUACGAGAUUAAUUUGAGUUAUUUGAACAAGGGAGCACCGGGAGCAUCAAAUGAAGGAAAUACGAGCAGCCUGAAGGGAGAUUUCAGCUUACCACCCCCACCAAGCUUGACAAAUUAUCCAAAUCCCCCACCUUCAGCAUUUCGAAACACAGAGGAGUACCAGCAGUCGGUAACAGAGCACACACAGAAUCAGGAAACAUACUAG